AUGGAUCGAGUCAAGUCUACGGUGAACAAUAUGAUUAAAAGCGUCCAGUACCGCCGGUUCCCGUUGCAGCGCGACGACGAACCGAACCGGCACGUUGAGCUCAAAAUGGCCGAUGACGACGAGCAGGCGGAUGUCGCGAACGCCAACGACUCGCCCACCUACCGGCCCGCCCACCGUCCGGGCGGCGCCGGGAACAAGCGCUUCAUCUUCCUGUUGGUGUUGGGUUUCGUGGUCGUCUUCACUGUCGGGUACUUUCUCGGCAACGUUACCUUGAAGAAAUCUGAGGCGAGGCUGAGCGGGUGUUUGAAUCAGACGGGGGAGACUACUGCGCAGUCUGUGCAGACGACUGCGCAGAAGACGACGACGACGACGACUGUGGCGCCAACAAAACAACAGGACAAAGAGGAAGAGAAAGACGACGGCGCUGUAGUCGAUGAGGCGGUUCGCGGCAUCCCGACCAACUGGAACGAAAUCAGCCGACUUCUUGACAAUAAAUUCACCCGCCAGAAUUUCGAAAGGCGUUUCAAUGAAUUUGACGUUCCGGCACGCCCGGCCGGCAGUCAAGGCGACAUCCGUGUGGCUAACCUGGUCGCUGACGAAUUCGGCGCUCUCAACUUGGAGAAAUGGACAGACGUUCAUUACGUUCAGCUGCAGAAGAAAGACAGCGCCCGGCCCAAUGUCAUUACCUACAACGGCGAGGAGUUCAAACCCGAAGGUUAUCUGGCCUACAGCGCCACCGGGAAGGUCACGGGGAAGCUGGUGUUCGCCGAAUACGGUCGUCGCGAAGAUCUGGACGAACGCAAGAACGUGGAGAUGAGAGGCAGCGUUAUGUUGAUCAAAGUCGGAAAAAUCAGCUUUGCUGAAAAGGUGGCUAACGCCGAAGCCCGAGGCGCCUCAGCUGUCCUCCUCUAUCCCGACAUGAGAGAUCGCAACUACGACGCUAAUUCACCACUCUACGGCCACGUCCACCUUGGCUCAGGCGACCCGUACACCCCGGGCUUCCCUUCCUUUAACCACACCCAGUUCCCGCCCACUAACUCCUCCGGCCUUCCGGGCAUCCUAGCUCAAACCAUCACGUACAACCAUGCCCAAACCCUCCUGCGGGAAAUCGGUGGUCCGGACAAUGUGGGAGGUGUAAAGGACAUCACCGUGGAAGUCAACAACGUGCUGGUCAACACGGAGAUCCACAACGUGUUCGGAGUUCUCACAGGCUUCAUCGAUCCGGACGAAUAUGUGGUGGUGGGAGCACAAAGGGACGCAUGGGGGAAAGGCUUCGCCCGAGCCGCUGUCGGAACCUCUGUUCUCAUGGAGCUGGCCAAGGCUUUUAAAGACUUGGUAGAGAAAGAUAGUGUUCGGCCCAGAAGGAGCAUAGUCUUUGCCAGCUGGGGCGCCGGAGAAUAUGGAAGCGUCGGAGCCACAGAGUUUUUGGAGGGCUAUCUGACCUCUAUCAACAGAAAGCUCGUCACCUACAUCAACCUGGAUGGUGUGAUCAUGGGUCGCGGUGGCUUUAUUGCCUCAGCAAGUCCGCUGCUUCACACCCUGCUAGAGAACACAAUGAAGGAGGUGAAUAGUCCACUGGGGGGCAGCAGCAGCUUGUACGACAUGGUGGGACGGAGCGAUUGGGAGGAAAAAGUGUUGAGGCCCAUGGAUGUCGAUGACACCGCAUACCCCUUUCUGGCCUUCGCUGGUAUUCCCUCAAUCUCUUUCCACUUCAUCACUCCCGAGGUGGAGGAGUACACUUAUUACGGCACAUCCAUGGACAACAAAGACCACCUGAAGUUCAGCACGAACCAGAAAUUGGAAGAGAUGACUGUGCUGGCGGCAAAAAUGGCCGGCCGCAUGGCGCUCCGCUUGAUCCACAACCACUUAAUCAGUCUGGACGUCGACCGCUACCUCGAGGUGGUCCCCGUAGCCAUCAGCUCUCUCUACAUUCACGUUCAACGGCUCGUCCAGGAGGGCCAACUUAAAGGCGUGGACCCUAGAUGGCUGAGCAAUGCGCACGGCUCCUUCAUGCGAGCUACAACCAACCUGAAGAAAGCCAUCAUGAACACUGACAUGACUGAAGACCGCGGCGCCCGUUUCAUCAAUGAAAAACUCAUGACCGUGGAACGCAACCUCCUCUCUCCGUACGUGUCACCCGUGGACACCCCCUUCCGCCACAUCUUAAUGGGUCGCGGCAAGCACACUCUGGCGGCCCUCGCCGAGAACACGGACCCGCGGGAGCUCCACACCCAGCUGGCUUUUGCCACCUGGACCAUCAAAAUGUGCGCCAACGCCAUGAUCAGCGACAUCUGGCAGAAUGACAAUGAAGUGUAG